AUGCCGCAGGAUAUGCCGCCACAGGGCGGCUACAGCCCCGUCCAGUACAAGCGCAACUUGCCUGUUCGAGGCUUCCGUCCCGCCGCAUACAUUAUCGGAACCGCGGCACUCAUGACAUACGGAUUCUGGAGGGUUGGCCAGGGUAUCAGGGAGCACAACGAACUCGCGCGCGAGAAGAUGUGGGCGCGGAUACACCUUAUCCCAGCACUACAAGCAGAGGAAGACCGUGACCAAGUGCGAAGAUAUCUGGCCGACAAGGCAAGGGAGAAGGAACUAUUGGGAACAGAGACAAAAGUCUAUAACAGCGACAGAUUUGUUCGACCUACAUUUGCCAUCACACCCGAGUACGAGAGCAAAUAG